UAUAAAGACCUGACGCUUGCUGAAUUCUAACAUUGUCUCCGAUUGUAUCAUGUCGAUCAGGUAUAUUCUCUUCCUGUGUAUUACACAGUUUCUCUGCGUUGUACUCGGAGACUAUUAUACCCCAAGCGAAGAAGUCGGAAAGUUGUUGGCACAGUAUGAUCCUAAAAAUGACUCCCGAUAUCCCUUCGAGCUGGGAUUUGGUUAUUACUACCAGGGUGAUAUAAUGCUGGUGCCUCCAUCGAAGUCGAGGGUGUCAAUUUCCGAACGCUACACUGCUAACAUAUGGCCUCGUGCACGAGUUCCAUACCAGAUUUUGGGAAGCUUUACUUCAAGUCAGUUGAACAACAUCAACAGUGCCAUCGCAAUGUACAACAGAUACACGUGCGUGCGUUUCGUUCAAAGGACCAGUUCUGAUCAGUUGUGGAUUAAAAUCGUGAACAACAACACCGGAUGUUAUUCCUACAUUGGCAGACAAACCAACAACCAGUACAACUUGAUCAACCUGCAAACCCCAGGUUGUACCAAUACUGUGGGCACUCCGGUGCACGAAAUGAUGCACGCCCUUGGAUUCUAUCACGAGCAGGCUAGACCCGAUCGUGACGAUUGGAUUACUAUCAAUAGGAGCGCACUUCGACCGGAAUACCAAACUGACCAAUUUUAUAACUCAAACUUUGCUAAGCUGGACGCGAACGAAGUGGAUACCUACAACAUUCCUUACAACUAUGGCAGUGUGAUGCAUUAUUCUAAGUUUGCUGGAGCCGCGAGCUCCGAAUAUCCAGUUCUGAACAACAAGCGACCAUGGAAUGGUGAUUUCGGAAAUGAUAACGGAUUCUCGCAAAACGAUGUCAACCAGAUCAACAGAAGGUAUAGGUGCUCCUCCCGUAGAAAUGGCAAAAAACUACCGAAACUACAAGAUAAAGUGAAGAAUUUAGCAAGAGCAAAGCUUACGAGAGGGGAUUGAUAUCUUUUCUAUGAUCUUCAUGUUUUCGACUGGACUGCCCGCGUAAUUGUCAUGCUGCUUACCCUCUCUCGCGUUGAUCGUUCUUUGAAAUGUCAGAAUAAUAAAUGUUGUAAUUAAA